AAAAGCUAACAUGACCAGUGGCGGGUACGAGCGUUGCGCGCCCUCGAUGCGUGUCCUUCACGGCCAUUCAUAUGUAAAUGAGCGGGGGUAUAAACCCGGCUCUCGCCCCCUCGGAGCCGCAUUGACGAGCCCAGACUCCCCGCAAGCCCGCGGCCAUCUGUCCCCCACCAACGGGCAGUAACGGCUCUCUGGAUUAAACACCCACCUCCGGUCCUCUGCGGGCUCCUGUGCGGCAGCGUCCGGGUCAAACUCCCCAACCAACAUGGCCCCCGUCCGCAGCAACGCACACGGUGAUGACUGCGGCAGGUCCGACAGGAAGAUGAGGAAGCCCCUGGUGGAGAAGAAGAGGAGAGCUCGCAUCAAUGAAAGUUUGCAGGAACUCCGAGUUCUCGUCGCGGAAACAGACUUGCAAUCAAAGAUGGAGAACGCGGAGGUGCUGGAGAUGACAGUGAAGCGAGUGGAGAACAUCCUGAAGAACAGGGCUCUAGAGAUGGAUGCAGUGAACCGGGAGGCCUGCGAGCGGUUUGCGGCGGGCUACAUCCAGUGUAUGCAGGAUGUGCACGCCUUCGUGUCCGGCUGCCCCGGGAUCGACCAGGCGGAGGCCGCGGAGCUGCUGAACCACCUCCUGGAGAGCAUGCCCCUGAACGAUGAGGACCAGCUCCGGUUGAUGCUGCCCGACGGCGGCCUGGCGGACUGCCCCCCCGGCAGCAACAGCACUUGGUCCCUGUCUGAGAGCUGUCUGGUGUCUCCGGCUCCGUCCACCACCUCCACCGACGACCUCUGCUCCGACCUGGAUGACACAGACUCCGAGCAAAGCCUUGUCUCUUCGUCAGAGGAGGCUGACGGCCAGGACGUGUCUUUAACUUACUCCAAGUCAGUGUGGAGACCCUGGUAGACCAUUUUCUAAAAAGGAGCAGCAUGUUUCAAAGUGUAGUAGAUGUGGGUUUUUUUAUAUUGUUUGUGGUAGGAUGUGAGUUAGGCCUCAGUAAAUAACGAAACACUGCGGAGAUUUGUGAAACUUGAUGGAGGGCAUUUUAGAAGCUCUUUGUAAAGUUAUUCUUGAACUACAAUUAUACAAAAAUGUAUUUAAAGUACGUAAUUAAAUGUGUUGUAGAGGUGAGGGUCUUCAUUUGGAAAUGUAUAGGCCUUGCCUUCUGUGAAGGGGGUAAAUGCAUAUGUAAAUAUUUACUUGUUGAAUAUGACUGGGCUGUAUAGAAGAUAGCUGUCCCACUAGAAAUUGAUUGUUAGCUGUGUGUAAAUUAUUUCAUAUUUAGUAUAUUUUAAAGGUUUUUUUUAUUGUGUUUGUUAUUAGGCUACUUCAUCUUGCUUUUCAUUAAACAUCUUUUUGACAAA